AUGCUUGUCGCUGCAACUGUCGUCUUCGUCUACUACACCGUCUGGACUCUUUUCAUGCCCUUUGUCGACGAAGACCACUUCCUUCAUUCGCUCUUCCUUCCACGAGUAUGGGCCAUUCGCAUCCCCGUCAUCCUCAUCAUCCUUGGUAGCACCGUCGUCGGCAGCUUCCUUUCCGUUGUCAUGAUACGGAGCAACCGUAAGAAGGCUCUCAAGGCCAAGCAAAAGAAGGCGUCAUAA